AAGCCCACUCUGGGCUGGAGCAGAUUAAAGUCUCUGGAGCUGUGUCUGGGUGAAUGUGGGACAGUGGUGUGAGAAUAACAAGGACUGAACGCACUGUGGACCUACUCUUUCAGCAUAUUUAAUUCAGAGAUUGCAACGACGUACAGUGACAUCUUGAAAAACCACAUCUCUACUUGUUCAGUGGUGGAGGAUGAAUGAAGUGGUUUGCUCCAAGUCACAAGAGGAGUACGAGGAUGACUUUGAGAAGGACCUGGACUGGCUUAUCAGUGAAGAGGGCCGAAGUGAGGAUCAGGGGCCAAAUUAUGAUGACAUCGAGGCGGAAAUAGACAAAGAACUAGAAGAUGAACAUACCCACACAGUGAAACAUAAAGACGUGAAACGGAGGGAGGAAAGGACAGAUAGCAAAAUACUAGAGUUAGAUGAUGAGGACCGAUGGCCUUCACCUAUGGACCCUCUAGAAUAUGACUCAGAUAGAGACAGCCCCAGUAAGUCCUCAGAUUUGGCUCUCCCUCCUCCAGAGUUUGAUGAACAGACAGAGGAGGAGAAGAAGUAUAUAUUAGAUAAAAUACAACAAGCAAACCGUGAACUUCAGGACCAAGAAGCCCCUGAUAUGACACGACGUCGACGGCUGCAUUUUAAAGAGACACUGGUUGAUUUGGUUGUACCCCCCAUGCAUUUUGAGAAAGACACUGGGAAAAAUGAAGAGUUGGAAGGGAACAAUAUCAGUAAUACCAAAGACAUACAAGCAGAGAGUGAAGUGUCUGGAAAGUUAUCUGAGCUAAAACUGUCACCACGAGAGGACAGACUGUCAAAUGCAGGUCUGAGAAUGACUGAAGAGAGUAAGGAGGAGGCGAAUGAGGGGAGAGUGCUUAUUGAAAAAGAUGGAAAAUUUGAUCUGGUUAGUAUAAAAGAUGUAGAAAGUCAAGGACUCCUUCCUCCCAUUUUAAGCAAUGACAGUACACAUUCUCUGUUAAGCAUCUCUAGUAAGAGACAGUCUGCUUCCUUCUCCCCGCGAUCAUUUGCCAAUCACUCCUCAUCCAAAAAAGAAGAUAAAAGGUGCACUCCCAAGCCUCCGUCUCAGCCCCGGAUUAGGCCCAGUUCAGCCAGUUAUGGUCUAAGAACAAGCCAAGCCCGAGGAACCAAGCGACGAGUCCAGUCUGCAACAGGGAUGUCCAGCCAGACCACAUUCAUGUUAUCGCCUCAGCAAAAAGAGAUGCUGCUCAGAAUCCAGGAGAAAAAGGAGAGACUCGCCAGAGAGGCAGAGGAGAAAAAACACAAGGAAGAAGAGCAGAAAAGACAAGAAAAUGAACUGGCAUUCAAAGCCUGGCUCAUGAGGAAGAGAGAGCAGAUACUGGAAGAAAAACGGGUGCAACGAGCACAGGAAAUGGAGAGGAUGAAUUGUAAGAAAGACACAGUUGACCCAGAGGAAGCCUUCCAACACUGGCUGCAGAGAAAGCAGGAGCAGCAGCAGAAAGAGAAGCAGCUGGUAGAGCUGAAGAGGUUGGAGGAGGACACUAGUUACCUCCUGCGCAGCCGUGAAGACUGUGAGCAUGCAUUCAGGCGGUGGCUGAGGAGGAAACGUUUAGAGAGGCAGGCAGAGCGGCAGGCUGCUCGGGAACACUCCCGGAGGUUAGUGUUAGAGGAAAGACAAGCUCGCCGCAUGAAGGACCUCAUGUGUACUGUCAAUGAUGCCAAGCCUUUUAGAUUCAAUGAACAGUUGGCAUACCGCUUCUGAACCAGUGGACUGUGUCAUUUCAAUAAAACAGGUUUAUAUGGACCUCAGGGAAUUGGGACUUGAAAUACUACAUUAGCUAUCAUCACAGGAUUUUGUUUUAUUGGUUUUAAAAUGUUUUGUUUUUUGCACUUGUUAUGCUUCCAUAUGUUUAUAAAAUGUAGUGUAACAUUUUAUUUCAGUUGAAGCUAAUGCAC